AUGCGAUUGAAGGAUAUGGCCGCAGAAGAGUGCGAGGCUCGAGGUGGCGAGGCCAUUGGAUUGCAAUGUCACUUCAAACCAGACGUUUACAUGCUGUCAGUACUGCUCACAUUCGGAACAUUUGCCUUAGCUUAUGGUCUUAAUAAUUUUCGACACUCAAGGUUUUUCGGAUCUACCUUUCGCAACGCCCUCAGCGACUUUGGAGUUGUCAUCGCCAUUGUUGUUAUGACAGCAUUCUCACUAGCAAUUGGUUUGGAUGUUCCAAGCCUUCAUGUUCCUCAACAAAUUAGGCCGACACUCGAUCGUCCGUGGGUCGUCGACAUUUCUCGCGUUCCUCUUGUAGUUGCUCUCAUUGCGUGCCUUCCAGCUGCUUUCUAUACAAUUUUGAUAGUGAUGGAUCAACAGAUUACUGCUGUUAUUAUUCAAUCGAAAAGAUAA